AGCAUGCCCUCCACCUCCAUGGGAACCAUCACGGAUGAGGAUGUGAAGAUGGGGGACCCAGAAGAGACGCUGCAGCGUGGCAGAAGGCAGUCCUCCCAGCCCGUGGCCACCAGCAGCCAGGCCGGCAGCAUCACCACCCGGCAGCGGAGGAAGCGCCUCUCGGAGGAGACCCACCAGGGCCCUGACACCCCCCCGGUGAGCUCAGCCCAGUCCCCCAGCACAGCACCCUACUGGGAACAAGGAGCUCAUCACAGCUCCCACUGGGAACAAGAUGGGUUCCAGCGUUUGAGGGAGCUGCUGUGGCCCCUAUUUGCCACAUGUUCCCACUGAUCCUGGAUUCCUGUGCCCAGUAUUCCCAGCAUCCAGUGGUGUGUCUGGUACUCGUGAUGCUCCCAGUGCUGGCAAGGAGGCCAUUCCAGAGGCGAAGGGCUGAGCCUUCUG